UACACUUGAAAACCCAGCCAUGACCUCCCCUGGGGCAAAUGCCUUGAAAGGGAGAUCAGCUUUUCUUGACACUUAUCACGAGCGCCCCCUGCUGUCACUAGACCGCAAGUGCCGCAGGUCAAGCCUCAGCGAGCUCCAGGGAGCAGGUGCUCACCGCGCCCCAGAAGGGAACAGCUCUUACACGGAAGGGCAAGACCUGCAGACAGGCGUACAGUCAACACUCAAGAAGCCGCACGGGAGUGGAUUCUCGGAUGUUAGGCCAGGGAGAGCGGACCUCACACCGCACGGAGCGAAGCUCACUGAUAGAAGGGCACUUACUGGAGACUCUGGAUAUAAUGAGUUAGCUAGUGCAGCUGGUGUUGGCCUGACAGUUUUCUUGGUUGGCUGACUGGAACUUGGGUGACCUACGGUGACUAAGCCCCGCCCCAGCCCCUCCCGGCCCCUGGGGCCCUCCCCGCCCGAGGACCGGCUGGGCUGGGCUGGAGAACAACACGGGCACCUCCGGACGGAGGCAGAGGGAGGCGGCGGAGAGAGCCGGACCCAGGCCCAGGGCGCUGGAGUUGGCCGGAGCUGGCCGCAGAGGCCCCUGUGUCUCUUCAGCCGCUCCCACAGCCGCCCCUCCCCGGGCCAGGUCAUGCGCUGCCACAAGUGCCUUCUCUGCCUGUCAGCCCUGCUCACACUCCUGGGCCUUAAAGUGUACAUCGAGUGGAUGUCCGAGCCCCACCUGGGCAAGGCCUACCCAGGACCCCGCAGCAGCCCGCCAGGCUCCACGCCAGCCAGCGCCGAGCCCACCCUGCCAGCCAACCUCUCAGCCCGUCUGGGCCAGACUGGCCCGCUGCCCUCGGCUUACUGGAACCAGCAGCAGUGGCGUCUGGGGACCCUGCCCGGAGUGAACAGCACAGAGGCAGGGGACUGUGGCGCUUGGGGGGCUGCCGCUGCGGCCGAGAUCCCUGACUUCACUUCCUACCCCGAGGACCUCCGCCGCUUCCUGCUGUGGGCUGCCUGCCGAAGCUUCCCACAGUGGCUGCCCGCAGGUGGCGGAGGCCAGGUGACCGGCUGCGGGGAUCCCGGUGACGUCCCCUUCCUGCUGUUGGCUGUCAAGUCGGAACCAGGGCGCUUUGCGGAACGACAGGCUGUGAGGCAGACGUGGGGCGGGUCGGCCCCUGGGAUCCGGCUGCUCUUCCUCCUGGGGUCCCCAGUGGGCCAGGCGGGGCCGGACCUCAGCACCCUGGUGUCCUGGGAGAGCCGCCGCUACAGUGACCUGCUGCUCUGGGACUUCCUCGACGUCCCCUUCAACCAGACACUCAAGGACUUGAUGCUGCUGGCCUGGCUUGGCCGCCACUGCCCUGGUGUGAGCUUUGUCCUGCAGGCCCAGGACGACGCCUUCGUGCACACCCCUGCUCUGCUGGACCACCUGCGGGGCCUGUCGCCUGCCCGGGCCCGGGGCCUCUACCUGGGUGAGGUCUUCACCCAGGCCAAGCCCCUCCGGAAGCCCGGAGAACCCUUCUACGUGCCCGGGUCCUUCUUCGAGGGCAGCUACCCAGCCUACGCCAGCGGGGGUGGCUACGUGAUCUCGGGGCGCUUGGCACCCUGGCUGCUGCAGGCGGCGGCCCGCGUGGCCCCCUUCCCCUUUGGCGACGUCUACACUGGUCUGUGCUUCCAAGCCCUGGGCCUGGCCCCCAGGACUCACAAAGGCUUCCUCACGGCCUGGCCGGCAGACCGCACUGCUGACCCCUGUGCCUUCCGAGACCUGCUGCUUGUGCGGCCCCUCAGCCCUCAGGACAGCAUCCGGCUCUGGAAACAGCUGCAGGACCCUGGGCUCCAGUGCUGAGCCCCGGAGGCGGAGGGGCGGGCAGGGCAGCCCCUGAGGGGUGAGGAAGGCGGUCCUGGAAUGGAGGCUGCCCCUCCUGGGCCUCGUCUUUUUGUUUUUGAAACAAAAUACGUGCGCUCUGCAUUCUGA